GAUGGAAGCAAAGCCGUAAAACCUCCAUUUUCUUGCUUCCAUUCUCCACCUUCAACUUUAUAUAAACUCCAUUUCAAUUUAAACAUUCAAAAAAAAGGGGAAAAAUCAAUCCAACCCAUUAUUGAAUUCAUUUCCCUCAACAAAGAACAAUAGUUUUCUCCUAUUUUCCAAAUGCCAGGGGCGGGACUAGCAAAAGCCACUGAUAAAAACCCAAACUGUAAAGAAAUUGUUUUUAUUGGCGGAAUUUUUCUUGAUAAUACAAUUUCUUCUUCAAUUCUAGAUGCAAUUUCUUCAAAAACAACUCAUUCUGAUGACCCGCAUUUCUCCAUUUCUUACCAGAAAAAGAAGCCUUUGUUCAAAUUUCCCGCGGUUAAGGGGGGCGAUUUUUUGUGUGUUGGAUUGUCAAUUAGGAGUAAAAACGGUUUGGUUGAGAAUUCUAACCAAUUUUUGUGGUUUAAUGGAGUUGAAAGAAGCUGUAAAGAAGAAGCAUUAGUGGAGCCCAAUGGGGUUGGCGAUAUUGAAGAUGAGGGAAACAAGCAGAAGGUGCAAUUGCGCGACAGCGGUCGCGGAGCCGUGAAUACCACCAAACAUUUGUGGGCUGGAGCUGUAGCUGCCAUGGUUUCAAGAACAUUUGUUGCUCCGUUGGAGAGACUAAAACUUGAAUAUAUGGUUCGUGGUGAAGAGAAGAAAUUGUUUGAGCUCAUCAAGACUAUUGCUGCUACUCAAGGCUUGAGAGGCUUCUGGAAAGGAAAUUUAGUUAACAUUCUCCGCACUGCUCCUUUCAAGGCGGUCAACUUUUAUGCCUAUGAUACAUACAGAAAGCAACUUCUUAAAUUACAUGGAAAUGAAGAAACCACGAAUUUUGAGCGGCUUAUUGCUGGUGCUGCUGCUGGUAUUACUGCUACUGUCCUCUGCUUGCCUCUGGACACUAUCAGGACCAAAUUGGUAGCUCCUGGUGGAGAAGCCUUGGGUGGUGUAAUUGGUGCUUUUCGUCAUGUGAUCCAAACUGAGGGGUUCUUUUCUCUUUACAAGGGUUUACUUCCCUCCAUAAUGAGUAUUGCACCUUCAGCUGCUGUUUUUUAUGGUGUAUAUGAUAUAUUGAAAUCGGCUUAUUUGCACUCUGCCGAAGGAAGGAAAAGAAUUCAGAAUAUGAAGCGACAGGGUCAAGAACUGAAUGCUUUGGACCAGCUGGAAUUGGGACCAAUCAGGACCUUACUGCAUGGGGCUAUUUCUGGUGCCUGUGCUGAAGCUGCCACCUACCCUUUUGAGGUUGUCAGGAGACAGCUUCAACUGCAAGGCCGGUAUAAUAAAGGUGGUGUGUUAACAACUUCUAUAAAGAUAGUUGAGCAUGGAGGUGUACCAGCUCUUUAUGCAGGACUAGUACCGAGUUUACUACAGGUACUACCUUCGGCAGCAAUAAGCUAUUUUGUCUACGAGUUUGUGAAGAUCAUCCUCAAAGUGGAAUAGCAAUUCAAAUUCUUCUCAGUGAAUUUUUGGAGUCAAAAGAGUUCAAAAUGAGCGUCUCUUUUAACUUUCCAAGCGGUAUGAAAGCUCGUCUACUUCUCACCCAUUUCAUCUUUUAGACUCUAGACUGAUACAAUGAGUAGCAUAGGUUUUAGACCAUUUUCUCAUCUGUUAUACGUAGCGGAAACUUGAUUUUGCUAAUUGCAAAACUCUUCUGAGUGCAACUCUGAACUUCCAAUAGGCAACAUGGUGUACUUUGUGCAUCUUAUUCUCUAAGGAAGAUGCUGCCUGAAUACCUGCUGCAGGGUAGAUGUUCGUUUUAACUGAGUUUUAGAUUGACAUUACUAGAUGAAGUCCCAAUCUUUAAUCGUAUGAUGUAGUAUCUCUGAAAUGCACUUUUGUUUUCUUUCUUCAUCACAAAAUAACACCAAUUGAUUGGGUGAUGUGAAAGUGAUGAUUGCUCAUGGUGCUUCACCAAGCUUGUAUUUGCUUUUGGUUUUCAGCAUGAGGUGUGGUUUCAACUCUCACUUUCACACCUUUCAUCA